AUGGAAACCAACAGGACUUUAAGGCCUUUACCAAUCAAUUAUGGGUCAAAGGUCGGUGAAUCACUAGUGAAUAGCAUUGAUGGCAGGCCUGAUGCAUGCCUUGGUGGGAGUACUUCGGCAGAGGGUAUAAAUUCAGCUAUGAUUGUUGAGGAUGUAUCUACUAAAACACAAGCACGAGUUGUUAAGGUCCUCGCUGAUUUGACUAGGUUCGAUAGAGAAGAAGUUACUGAGUCAGUGACCGAGCAAAGCAGGUUUAGUGGCAGUAGUGAUGGCAAAGGUAGUUCCGGUGCCGCUGGAAAUGGAGGCAAUGGACAAGCCAGGCCCAGAUGGAGAGAGAAAUUAGUUGCAAGGGAUGUGCCGAGGGUGAAUUCACAAGGAGCAGGUAUGCAGUCUUUAACCUCUUCUGAUCAUUUGGGCAAUCCCAAGCCUAAUACUGGGGGUGGGUCAAAUGGUCUGAACAAGAAUAGAUCUUGGGUUAAUAUGGUUCAAAAUGAUCCGAGAUCCCUAGUAGAACUGUAG